UCCUCCAGCACUCCGCUCGGGUUCGCUGUGAUUUCAUACCGAAGUCAUACUUGACAUUCCAGGUUUACUGUCAAAUCAGGAGAAAAAAUUCUACAAAAACAUCAGCGUGGUUUGCAUUUGUAAAUGUGCUCAUGAGAUAAAACCCGAAUUCCCUUUUUGCCCGCAGUAGAGUAGAAGUUUGCGUUAAAGUCCUGGGUGUGAGGGCUCACGUAGGGGCCCAGGUGGAGCCGCCACAAUUGCAGCCAACGAGUGGAGCACCAACGGGAGCCCGGAGGAGGGGCAGGAGGAUGGAGUGGAUGGGAUGGAUAAGGCCGGAAUGGACGGCGAUGCGGAGGGCGUCUGGAGCCCUGACAUUGAACAGAGUUUCCAGGAGGCUCUGGCCAUUUAUCCCCCCUGUGGGCGCAGAAAGAUCAUCCUUUCAGAUGAAGGCAAGAUGUAUGGUCGUAAUGAGCUGAUAGCAAGAUACAUUAAAUUGCGGACUGGAAAAACCCGCACUCGAAAACAGGUGUCUAGUCACAUACAGGUGUUAGCCAGGAAGAAAAUGCGGGAAUAUCAAGCAGGCAUCAAGGAUCAGGCUUCCAAAGACAAAGCCCUGCAGAACAUGGCCGCUCUCUCCUCCGCUCAGAUCGUUUCUGCCAGUGUGAUGAAGAGUCAGCUGCCUCCUCUUCCUCAGCACCCCUACCCCCCUCCAGCCCGGUUUUGGCCCGGCCCCAUCCCAGGACAGCCUGGACCUUCUCAGGACAUCAAACCCUUUGCACCGAGUCCGUACUCCACCCUUCAGCCUCCACUGCCUACACCCAUAUCAAGCUAUGAGCAGUUACCCACCCCGCACCCCCCGAGCGCCUCUGCCAUGCCUGUGUGGCAGGACCGGACCAUUGCCUCCUCUAAACUCCGCAUGCUGGAGUACUCAGCCUUCAUGGAGCUCCAGAGAGACCCUGACACUUACAGCAAGCACCUGUUUGUCCACAUCGCCCAGACGAACCCCUCAUACACAGACCCUCUCCUGGAGGCCGUGGACGUCCGUCAGAUCUACGACAAGUUCCCAGAGAAGAAGGGAGGCCUGAAGGAGCUGUUUGAGAAGGGCCCUCAGAACGCCUUCUUUCUGGUCAAAUUCUGGGCUGAUCUGAACAGCAGUAAUGUUCAGGAUGGCGCAGGCUCGUUCUAUGGGGUCAGCAGUCAGUACAGCAGCGCUGAAAACAUGACCAUCACUGUCUCCACUAAAGUCUGUUCUUUUGGGAAGCAGGUGGUAGAGAAAGUCGAGACGGAGUAUGCGCGUGUGGAGGGCGGGAGGUACGUUUACCGGAUCCAUCGCUCACCCAUGUGUGAAUACAUGAUCAACUUCAUCCAUAAACUCAAGCACCUGCCAGAGAAAUACAUGAUGAACAGUGUCCUGGAGAACUUCACUAUACUGCAGGUUGUCACAAACAGAGACACACAAGAGACUUUGCUAUGCAUUGCGUUCGUGUUUGAGGUGUCUACAAGUCACCACGGAGCACAGUAUCACGUUUACAGACUAGUCAAGGACUGAAUGACCCUUUAGCCAAAAACCCCUCCAGAUGCCGUUCGUCCAGUGCUUACGAACACUUACGAACAAAGUGAGGAAAAGAAAACUAGACAGACCUGAAGAUCACAAACACAAUCAUGGGCAAAACACAGACCGGGAUCCUCUGCACUAGGUUUUGUUGUAUAUUUAGUCGUGUUCCUUAAAAGCAAAGGAAAUGCACUUUCAGGGAUAAUUCUGUUUCUUACUGUUUUGUGGGGUAGAGGUCUUGAAUGUCUGUGGUGGGUGAACUCUGAUUCUGAUGCGUUUCAUGUUUAUGGUACUAGACUCUGAAGGCACAAAGGUCUUUUUAAAGCCAAUAGUAAGCGAACAGGAAAGGAAUUCUGGUGGAUACGAGUCUUUCUCUAUCAGAAAUGUUGUGAUGGUGUAUGUUUGUCUUUCGUUUAGACACAGCGGCUUGCUACCUCUGACCCUUGACAGACUGCGGGCUCAGAUUGUUCUUAGAACGAUGAAAAUAAAAACGGUUUUGUGUAGGAAAGAGACACUGAAUGUUUGUGAUGGUAAGAGCAAGUUGCAUAAAAAGUUUAGGGUUCGUGUUUUUUUCACGAAUGUCACACACUUUUGCAAGUUUUACUCUUGAUUCAGCUUGAUUUUCUGUUUUGGAAAAUGCAAAUGUGUGAGCUAUUUCUACCUCCUGGUGUUACAUGGAUAUGUAUGGAAGCCUGUUUCCGCAAGAGAAUAAAAAAAAAUUUUUUUUAAUUGUUUUAUAUUCCGCAAAAAAAAAAACAAAAAAAAAAAACAGAAUUGUGAAAUGUAAACUCGGAAUUCUGAGGAAAAAAAUUCAGAAUUGUAAGAUCUAAAGUCAGAACUGAGAGAAGUAAACUUGAAAAUGCUAAUUGUUUAUUCUCAUAAUUCUUGACUUUUUUUUCCCUCAAAGUCUAAAUUGUGAGCUUUAAACUCCAAAAAGCCAGAAUUGUGAUAUAAAAGUGGCAAAUACCUUUUUAUUUUAUUUUUUUUUCCAUAGCGUAAAAAAAAAAAACUCAGAACUCUGAAUUCUAAGAAAAAAGGUCAGACUUGUGAAAUAUAAACUCUUUAUUGUGAGAUCAGAACUAUGAAAUAAAAAGUCACAAUUAGCUUUUAUUUAUUUUUAUUCUGUGGUGGAAACAGGCUUCCACCAAUAUGCAAAGUGCUUUUUUAAAGCAGAGUUUUUAUUUAAAACCAUUUUGCCAUACAUUUUAUUGUGAUUAUGCAUGCUUUUACUGGAUUGCCCUCAGUUUGAGUGCCUUAUCACUUCUGUGUCUACCUUGGCCAUACUGACAAGAGAGCAGGAGAAUCAGUAGAUCACCUGACACGGUUUAAAUCAGAGAGGGCAAAUCUGCUGUUGCAUAAAGGGGUUACAGCGGGACGAAACAAAUCUCAGUAUGUACAGUAACACUAGGUUUUGAUUUCUCAGUGUUUUUAAUCUAUGAACUACAUGCUAAUAACAUCAUCACCAGUGCAAUUACACCCAACUAGGUGCUUGAGUACUUUCCUAAUAAAACAAACAAAGAAAGAAAAAAAUAAACAUUACAUUUGGAUGUAAAACUUCAAUAUUUCAGUCGUACUCUCUAUUUUUGUGAGGGGUGCCAUUGGUCAAACAAAGAAAUUAACCGUUAAUUCCAUAGUGAAAUGUGCAAUAAGACCUGGGCUAUUCCCAUCCAGGUUUUCUCAGGUUCUUUCAGUAAUGUAGAAACGCUCUAGGUUUUUAAUGUUAGUGUAUACAGUAUGUGGGCUCAUGGAUUCAUUACACUUGUAUUUACAUUUGUGCUUCCACACAUGACAUCCAUCCUGGUGUUUUAACCCACAGUCACCUGCAAUGGAUACAUAUGAUUUUAAAUGUCAGACAUAGUCAGUGGCAAUCUGAUUAUUUAUGACAUCAUUUAUUGGUACAUUAUGGAAAGCACAUAUUGAUGUUGCAUAAACAACUGAGGACUGUUUAUUUUGUUGUACAAUCUCCUUUUGGAAUUUGUGUGUGUGUGUGUGUGUUUGUGUGCGUGUGUGUGUGUGUGUGUGUGAAAGUUUCUAAACUAAUCUGUAAUAUCUUAACCAAAGAUUCGAAUGUGAACAUCAUCCCAGUCUUGCCUUAUUGUGUGCUUCAGGUCUUCUGUGACAUUUGGAAAGAAAAACCAUGCUUCUGUGUGAGUGUGUUUGCGUGUAUUUGUGCACCUGUGUGUGUGAGAGAGAGACAAAUAGAAAUUAAUUUUGAAAUUCUUUAAAUAGUUUUGUGUAUAUUUUAAGAAUGUUACAGGAGAAAGGUUUUAAUGUCCAUUCUUUUCUUUUUUUUCAUCUUUAUUAUUAUUAUUUUGUUGUUGUUGUUGUUUUGUUUUGUUUUUGUUGUUCCAUUAUCAUAUUGUUCUGGUUAAUAUGAAAUAAGGGUUGUAACAUCUUCAUUUUCAUGUUUUUGCCCAUUAAAGUGACUUCCAAGCCCUGGAAGCAAAAACGUCCAAA